AUGAAAAACAAGCAGUCGGUGACUUUCUGCUCGGCGGCCAGUCGGGGCCAGGCCCUGGGGGUGGGGCCUGGGGGAGCGGUUGGGUUCGUUAGAGGAGGGGGCUUCCCCGAGGCCCGGGAGGGGACCGGUGGGACUGUAGCCAGAAGCCGUGGAGGGCGGCGGAGGACUCCGGCCAGAGUGGCCGGUGGUCCUGGUCGCCUGGUCGGCGCUCUGGACGCAGUGCUGGACUCCAACGCGCGGGUCGCCCCGUUUCGGAUUCUGCUGCAGGUCCCCGGGUCCCAAGUCUACUCCCCCAUCGCCUGCGGUGCAACGCUGGAGGAAAUAAACCAGCACUGGGACUGGCUGGAACAGAAUCUGCUCCAUACCUUGUCUGUGUUUGAUAAUAAAGAUGACAUUGCCAGCUUUGUCAAAGGAAAAGUAAAGGCCCUGAUUGCAGAGGAGACCAGCAGCCGGCUGGCGGAACAAGAGGAGGAGCCCGAGAAGUUCCGCGAGGCCCUGGUGAAAUUUGCAGCCAGGUUCAACUUCCCCGAGGCGGAGAAGCUGGUCACCUACUACUCCUGCUGCUGCUGGAAGGGCCGGGUGCCGCGCCAGGGCUGGCUGUACCUCAGCAUCAACCACCUCUGCUUCUACUCCUUCUUCCUGGGCAAAGAGCUUAAACUUGUCAUCCCUUGGGUGGAUAUCCAGAAACUGGAAAGGACGUCCAAUGUCUUCCUCACGGACACCAUCCGGAUCACCACGCAGAACAAGGAGCGCGACUUCUCCAUGUUUCUGAACCUGGACGAGGUGUUCAGGAUCAUGGAGCAGCUGGCGGAUGUGACGCUCCGGAGGCUGCUGGACAAUGAGGUCUUCGACCUGGACCCAGAUCUGCAGGAGCCGAGCCAGAUCACCAAAAGGGACCUGGAGGCGCGUGCGCAGAAUGAGUUCUUCCGGGCCUUCUUCCGGCUGCCCCGGAAGGAGAAGCUGCGCACCGUAGUGGACUGCGCCCUCUGGACGCCCUUCAGCCGCUGCCACACUGCGGGACGGAUGUUCACGUCCGACAGCUACAUCUGCUUCGCCAGCCGCGAGGAUGGCCGCUGCACCGUGGUCCUGCCACUCCGAGAGGUCGUGAGCAUCGAGAAGAUGGAGGACACAAGCCUGCUGCCCAACCCCAUCAUUGUCAGCAUCCGCAGCAAGAUGGCCUUCCAGUUCAUCGAGCUCAGGGACAGGGAGGGCCUGGUGGAAGGCCUGCUGGCAAGACUGAAGCAGGUCCACGCCGACCACCCCGUGCGCUACGACGCCUCAACAAGUGACCAGGACUUCGGCAUGAUGACGCCUGUGUUUUACUCAAGCAUGUGUGGUGACCACAGGUUUGGGGAUGUUGAGAUGGUGUCCCCUCAGAGCAGCGAGGAGAAGGGCCUGUCGCCGCCGUGCCCGGAGCCCCUCACCCCCGUCUUCCCUCCACCCGGCAGCCCGAGACCGGACGCGCACCUGCCCCGGGAGCAGGUGAAGGUUAGCCUGUGGAACGACCACUUGGCGGAGUACGGCAGGACCGUGUGCAUGUUCCGCACCGAGAAGAUCCGCAAGCUCGUGGCCAUGGGGAUCCCCGAGGCCCUGCGGGGGCGGCUCUGGCUGCUGUUUUCAGAUGCCGUGACGGACCUCGAGUCGCACCCCGGUUACUACGGGAAGCUGGUGGAGGAGUCGCUGGGGCGGUGCUGCCUGGUGACCGAGGAGAUAGAGCGCGACCUGCACCGCUCCCUGCCCGAGCACCCGGCCUUCCAGAACGAGACUGGCAUCGCUGCGCUCCGGAGGGUGCUCACGGCCUAUGCCCACCGCAACCCCCGCAUUGGGUACUGCCAGUCCAUGAACAUCCUGACCUCCGUGCUGCUGCUGUACGCCAAGGAGGAGGAGGCGUUUUGGCUGCUGGUGGCCGUGUGCGAGCGGAUGCUGCCUGAUUACUUCAACCGAGCUCAGGUGGACCAGUCUGUCUUUGAGGAGCUCAUCAAGGAGCAUCUCCCGGAGCUGGCGGAGCACAUGCACGACCUCUCGGCCCUAGCGUCGGUCUCACUCUCGUGGUUCCUGACCCUGUUCCUCAGCAUCAUGCCCCUGGAGAGCGCCGUGAACGUGGUGGACUGCUUCUUCUAUGAUGGGAUCAAAGCCAUCUUCCAGCUGGGGCUGGCUGUGCUGGAAGCCACCGCUGAGGAGCUGUGCAGCAGCAAGGACGACGGCCAGGCCCUGAUGAUCCUCAGCAGGUUUCUAGAUCACAUUAAGAAUGAAGACAGCCCGGGGCCCCCCGUCGGCAGCCACCAUGCCUUUUUCUCCGAUGACCAGGAGCCCUACCCUGUGACUGACAUUGCUGACCUCAUCCGGGACUCCUACGAGAAAUUCGGGGACCAGUCUGUGGAGCAGAUCGAGCACCUGCGCUGCAAGCACCGGAUCCGGGUUCUGCAGGGACACGAGGACACCACAAGGCAGAACGUGCUCCGCGUCGUCAUCCCCGAGGUGUCGCUUUCUCCAGAGGACCUGGAGGAGCUCUACGACUUAUUCAAGCGGGAGCACAUGCUGAGCUGCUACUGGGCGCAGCCCGGACCGGUGGCCCUGCGCCACGACCCCAGCAGGCCCUACGCCGAGCAGUACCGCAUCGACGCCCAGCAGUUCACGCGCCUCUUCCUGCUGCUGUCGCCCUGGACCUGCGGGGCCCACACCGAGAUCCUGGCGGAGAGGGCCUUCCGGCUGCUGGAUGACAACGUGGACCAGCUCCUGGAAUUCAGGGCAUUUGUGAGCUGCCUGGAUAUUAUGUACAAUGGAGAAAUGAACGAGAAAAUCAAACUGUUGUACAGGCUUCAUAUCCCUCCAGCACUUACUGAAAACGACCGGGACAGCCAGUCACCACUGAAGAACCCUCUGUUGUCGACGUCCAGGCCGCUGGUGUUGGCGAAGCCCAACGGUGAUACAGUUGAUUAUCAGAAGCAGCUGAAGCAGAUGAUUAGAGAUCUAGCCAAAGAAAAAGACAGAACCGAGAAAGAGUUGCCCAAAAUGAGCCAGAGAGAAUUUAUCCAGUUCUGUAAGACUCUGUACAGCAUGUUCCAUGAAGAUCCAGAAGAAAAUGACCUGUACCAGGCCAUUGCCACGGUCACCACACUCCUGCUGCAGAUUGGGGAGGUGGGCCAGCGCAGCAGCAGCUCCGGCAGCGGCUCCGGCAGCGGCUCCCAGGAGUGUGUAGAGGAGCUGCAGGGCCCAGCUCCCUCUCCUGAGCAGGACUCCGUCUUCGCAGAGCCUGGCAGGCCUGCCCAGGACACCGGCGCUUUUUCCGGUGUGGUGGAAGGGGUCUGGACAGUCUCCCUGGAGCACAUUUUAGCAUCACUGCUUACUGAGCAGUCCUUGGUAAACUUUUUUGAGAAGCCACUAGACAUUAAGUCCAAACUUGAAAACGCCAAGACCAAUCAGUACAGCCUCAAAACUCUUGAAAUGAGCCGCCAGUCGCAGUGUGAACUGAAGCUGAGUAACCCAUAGCGAGGCGGAGCUCUACGUGUCUGCCACAGCAAAGGCUGGCCCUGUCACAUCAGCCUGGGCUCUUAUGUCAAGGACAGUUUAGAAGCUGGGUAUCUAGAUAAACCACCUGAAAGCUGGCUAAGAAAAGAUACAGUUCCCAAUUAUUUCUAUUUAUUCUUUGAGAGAAUCGUCAGUUGGACAGGCAGUGGUACAGGGUACCCGUCGACUCCUCCACACCAUGACUUGACUUCUAGCAAAUCUGCUGCAAUAGGUGUUUCUGCUGUGGUGCUGGUUAUCAUGAAAGAACCAAGGAUCAGCCGUCACACACAUCAAGGGAGAAAACCCCAAGCUCUCAUUUUUCACUUGGAAUGAUGAGAAAGGACAAGGGUGGUGGUGACUUUUGAGAGCUCAGAGCCACUAUCUGUGCAAUUGUUUUUGGCUUUUUUGCACUACUUUUGUUUCAAUGCUGGUAAUUGAAACCAUUUUAAUAUUUUUGGUUGUAUUCACUUUGGAUAUGUCCUUCUAAGUGUCCAAAAUGCUUUCAGCGUUGGCCUCCACAUUUUUUAAUAAAUUUUUUUUGUAUUGAC